AUGUCAGUGAAGCGCUGGUUGAAUCAAAAGAUCGUGGACCCAAUGGUCCAAAUCCUCAAGAAGGGAGCAGAACCUAAGCAAUUGGCCUUCUCUGUAGCUUUGGGAUUUACUUUGGGGGGGGUACGGUGGUACUGUGGGAUUGCAAUAGCGGUGUUGGGAUCAUUGGCCAAUGCUCCAGCAAUUGUGCUUGCUAACUUCCUUGCUACUCCUAUGGAGGUGAGCCUGAUGGUGUCGUUCCUGAGGUUUGGGGGAGCACUGACGGGUGGAGAGGCUUUUGAAUUAACAUCAGAUGCUUUGAACAAAGUAAUCAUAGGCCAAGCUUCCACUGAACUCCUCUUUAGUAUUGCUCGUGCUUUAUUGGGAUGGUUUGUUGCGGCACCCAUUAUUUUGGUCACACUCUACCUUAUAUUUUUGCCAAUCUUCAAGUUCCUUGUCCCCAAGUUCAGCACCUCUCCUCAGCAAAAAGACCACCUUUCAUAAUUACAAGCACUAGAGGGAUAUGCUUUCAUCUUCGUAAUUUCAUUCUUUGGUGAUGUAUA